GUCGCCUGUUACUUUCCACCCCAAAGAAAAUAAAUUUCAACUCCCCAGUCGCCUGUUGAUGCUUGCUUUCACGAUUUUAAUUGGCAAUCACGUUUCUUAAGUCAUGAGCUAUUUCAUGAAAAUUCAUACUUGAUGUUCUUUUUUCUCUCUUCCUGUUUCUGAAUCCUCUGUAGGCUUAAGUUGUUUUGCUGCUAUCAUACAACUCGCGCUUGUCUCCCACUUCUCAGUCUAAGGUUUCUUCACAUUGAUGGUUAUGGAUCAGUGGUUCAGCAGGUUGUCUGAGUCCUCUGCAAAUGAGUCCAAGUUGGAGAACGAGAUCAUUCUUUCUACCUUAAAAGAAUCACAAGACAUUUCAGACAGCCGUAAAGAUGCCUCGUUGCUCACACAUGCUCCUACUUUGGACUCCCGAGAUGAUCACUACUCUGAUCCCACACUCAAGUACAUUAGCCAGAUGCUACUGCAGGAUAGUGAUAUCGAUGAGAAUAAUAAUUCCAGCUUGUAUUAUGACCCGAUUUCCCUUAGAGCUGUCGAAAAUUUAUUUUAUGACGCCCUUCAUAAAAAAUCUUCAUCACCUAAUCAAGAACCUCUUUUUGUGAACAAUAAUAAAUCUGGAAGCCAGGACAGCACAUUUACGAGCUCUAGUAGUUGUAACACCGGACUAUCUAAAUCAUAUGUGGAGAGGUCAAAAGGUUCUUCAUAUAGCUUGAAUAGUAUUAUGAAUACCCAAAUGGACUCUUUGAACACUGUUAAGUUAGGUCCAAAUGUAUGUAGUGAUACUGAGUCCAUCUUGCAGUUUAAAAGAGGUAUGGAGGAAGCAAGUACAUUCCUUCCUUCCGAAUAUCAGUUGCUUCUCAGUACAGAUAAGGGUGCGGCUGAUUCUUCUAGAGGAAAGAAGCAUCAACAUUCAGGUGACGUUGGGUUACAGGAAGAAAGGCGCACUAAGCAGUCUGCAGUUUACGAAGAGGAGGAGGAGGAGGAGGUUGAGUUAAUAGAGUUGUUUGAUAAAGUUUUGCUGUUUAGAAAUAACGAGGAUCCUCCAUCUGUAAUUGGAAACGGCACCCAACAGAAAGGACAAGGUCGUUGGAAGGGAUAUGCAAAGAAACAAGGAAAGACUGGUAAAAAUGUGGAUCUAGAGUCUCUUUUAACCAGCUGUGCACAAUCUAUUGCAGAUGCUGAAUAUAGGAUUGUGGAAGAAAAGCUAGCGAAGAUUAGGAUGCACUCUUCGCCAACCGGUGAUGCAAAUCAAAGGCUGGGCCAUGCAUUUGCAAAUGCUUUUGAGGCACGGUUGGCUGGAACUGGGGCGCAACUAUAUGCGGCACUAUCUUCAAAUACGACCUCAGCUUCUAGAAUGAUAACCGCCUAUCGCACCUACCUUACAUGUUGGCCGUUCAUGAGAACAUCAUUUUUCUUUGCAAAUACAAUGAUUUAUGAAGUUGCAUUGGAAAGUAAAUCACUUCACAUCAUAGAUUUUGGUAUUCUUUAUGGUUUCCAGUGGCCCAUUCUUAUCCAGAAUCUAUCACAUAGACCUGGUGGACCUCCUAAACUUCGAAUAACCGCAAUUGAGCUUCCCCAACCUGGUUUUCGUCCGGAAGAAAUGGUAAAAAAGACCGGUUGUCUUUUGACAAAAUAUUGUGAACGUUUUGGUGUACCAUUUGAGUACAAUGCCAUAACAACUAAAAAUUGGGAGACAGUUAAACUUGAGGAUUUAAAGCUUGGGACUAGUGAGAUUGUUGCUAUUAACUGUUUGUAUCGAUUCGAAAACCUACUUGAUGAGACAGUGGGUUUUGCAGAUACUCCAGGUCUCCCUAAGGAUGCAGUUCUAAAAUUAAUCCGUGAAAUAAAUCCUCAAAUUUAUGUGCAAUCAUUGCUGAGUGGAGCCCACAGCUCUCCUUUCUUUAUAUCUCGGUUCCGAGAAGCUCUCUUCUUAUACACUGCAGUCUUUGAUAUGUGUGAUGCUACAUUACCCCGCGAUGAUCCUCACAGGUUGAGUUUUGAAAAAGCUAGGGCAUGUGAAAUAAUGAGUAUCUUAGCAUGUGAAGGCAUGGAAAGAUUGCAUAGGCCUGAAAUAUACAAGCAGUGGCAUUUGCGUAAUUUGAGAGCUGGGCUAAAGCCUAUUCCCAUAAGACCCGAGCUUGCAAAUGAGCUUAGAGACAAGACAAAGGCCGGAUUUCACAAGAAGUUUCUGUUUUUAGAUGACCGUCAUUGGAUACUGCAGGGGUGGAAAGGUAGAGUUUUUAGUGCCAGCUCUUGCUGGACAUCUGCAUAAUAAGAAACUAAGAAGAUAUAAUAGCAUUGAAGCUGUUGGAAGGUAGCACAUUUGCAUUAUUCGUUACUUCUUGAACACUUUUUGUAAAAUAUUGUCUCGGUCAACAUGUCAAAGGGGUAACUUUUACUUUGAAGAAUUUUAAGACCUGAGAUGUCAUGGGAAAAUGAUAUUUGAGAACAUCAAUGGUGGUUGUCUAGUUUCAGACGCAUUCUCUAAAAAAGUAGCUCCAGGUUGUCAUUUGAUCACGUGAAAGUACAUGCCUUUCAUGGUUGUUCUUGGCAUUCUUUAACAUGAAACCUUUGCUGACUGUGUCGUUAACAAAAACCUUGGCAUCUAGGGCUCUCUGGUUUACGGUUGAGACCUAUACAAACUUUGAUUAGCCAAAAACGAGGUUGUUGAUAUAACUCCCUGUCAUGGAACUCGAAAUUGAACUAGUGGCUCCGAGAAGCAUGAACCCCACAACUAUUUUCCGUUCUCUCUUCUAAUUUUUUCAUUAGCUGUUUGUAAACCAAAAGUAGUAUACGUCAUACUCGUGAUUACUCUCCCCGUAAAUGUUUCUUGAAGCAAUUAUUUAUUUAUUUAUUUCUUGAAGCAUUUAUUAAAUUGGAUGGAGUAACAAGAAGUAGUAUACGUCACAGCAUUUCUUGAAGCAUUGACGUAGUACCUAAUACCAUAAUGUUAAUCACAAGAAGUUUCUGUUUUUAUUUGGACUGAAAUUUGUUGGUCUUGUCUGAUCUGAUCUGUUUAAGUCUGGUCUGGUUUGAUUUGAAAUUGUCUGGUCUGUCUCAGUAAAUGUCUAGUUUCUGUGUAUUUUAUAACUACAGAAGUUUGGUCUCUGGUCUGUUUAAGUUUGGCGGAUUGAAUAUAGUUCAAGUAAAAACAUCUUGAAGAAACAUACCCCCCAAUUAUGCUUAAGGGUGGGAGUGGGGGUGGGCCCCUAUUGGGGCCCACCUCAUGGAGGAGAAGUGGGGCAGGUGUUGGGGUGCGGCGGGUGCGGGGAUGGGGAAAUAAGAAUCGAAUACUAAUAUUAAUGAAAAUAGUAUAGAGGAGUAUAUCCAAUUCAUCGAGAGUUGUUAUUAAUAACGAGACGCGUUCAUUAAUAAAACUUACUACCGAGUCAAUAUAGAACACGCGCCGUAUAUUAAUCCGAUAGUAGCAAUAAACUUAAGAUGAAAACGAUUGAAAUUGAUAACUUCAACACAAGCGGUUUAUCGGUUUAAUCAAUAUAAUUAAUUCCCCUUAGAUUAUUAACCAUGAGACGCAUGCAUUAAUAAUCCAAGUUUACUACCAUGAAAAGAUCGAACGAUUAACAAGCGUACUCAUCGAUCGAUUCUAGUGAUAAUUAAUAUAUGAAACAAAACUAGUUGAUCCCUUAAGUAUUGUUCAAAAUAUUAAUACUCCCUCAGUCCCAAAUUGUAAGAUACAUUUACUAUUCACUUGGUCAACAUAAAUCACUCCUAAACUUUUAUUUUAUAUAUCAAAAGUUUAUGAAGUUUGAAUUAUUUUUUGCAGGUUUUGUAGCGGAUUUAAUGUAGUUUUUGAAUAUGCAAAUUUUAUUUUCUAGAAAUAAUUUGGGUGUUGACAGGGAUCAAUUUGCUUUAUCGUCAGUCAAACAUCGUAAACCGAAAUGUAUCUUACAAAUUGGGACGGAGGGAGUAUAAAAUAUGAAUGAGAAUUAAUUAAUAUUCAAGGAAGAAUAUUAAAGAUGAUAAAUCCUACUAUAACUAAUGUCAAGACGCUAACUAAUUGUCAACUUAGCAACACCCCCUAACAUUAAUAUAUAGAAGAAGAAAAUGAAUACUACUAUAACUAAUGUCAAGAUGUUAACUAAUUGUCAUCUUAGUAACACUCCCUAACAUUAAUAUAUAGAUAGAUUAAAGGAGGAAUUAAUAUUUAAGGAAGAAGAUUAAAGAGACGGAGUUUUUGUUACUUGACAACUUGGUGUGCAAAUGAGAAAGUGCCGAAGAAGGUAUUGAGGGAGCGUUGCUGCUGGCUAAGAGGGAGAUGAAUUGCGAUGGCAUCGCCCUCCUCGCUAACGGCGGCGCAGCCGCCUACAAUCACGCCACAGCCUUCUGUACCUUCAACAACCGCAUCAGCUUGGGCUGGUAAAUCCUUUGCUGAUGUUGUCUCUGGCAAAUCCUCGACAUCCCUUUCUGUCAAGACCUAUUCUCGUUUUAAGGGGCUGCCUACGGUAAGUUUUCCUGAUAGUGACGUUCAC